UUGGGUCUAACCGUUGCAAAUCGAGCUAAUCUUCGUAUUUCUACGUAUUGACGCUGGAACUGACCGCCCGGGCCCGCGCGUCAGCUGCCACGCUGGCGAAUCGGCACCCGCCCGCUCGCUCGAUACGUGCGGUCCGGCUCGAACCGGACCGGCCCGUGCUCUGUCUCUCCCUCCUCGCUCGUGCCUUCCUCCUCGCUCCUCUCUCGCCGCCCUCGUCGCCGCCCGCAGCGUUGCCGGACCGGACCGCCGCCGCCCGCCAUGGUUUUCGAAGACGAAAGCAGUGAGGAGACGUCCAGCCUGCCGUACAUGCACUCGACCUCAUCCACGGACGGGCUUAACCAGGUCCCUUUCAGCGUUGAAGAUCCAGAUUACCAGGGGCUUGAGCUGGAAACGAUGUCGCCAUGUGAGAAGCACGGGAAGGCAUCUGAGAGGCUUGUCGCAUUUGAAGGAACAGACACAGGGAGAAGGUUCUUAGCAUGUGGAGAGCCGGUAUGAAUUGUAGGGUGAUAGUUGGAUAUUAUAUUUUGGUUGAUAGUGUCAUUUUAUUGUUGGUUUGACAGUGGCAUAUUGAACAAGACUACAAGGGCUGAUUAUUAGGGCAUAUUCACUUUUGCAACAGCAGUGGCAGUAGUUUCAUGACAGUGGUACUGUUAUUUAGCAGUGGCAUUGUUCUUGGUAUCAUGUGAAAUAUUCAAUUUAGGACUUCUACAGGUUUUAUGUUGUUGUUGUGGAAUUUUUAUGUACUUAAUGACAGUGCACUGUUAAUUAUGUUGUUGUUACACUUUUACUCCAGUUUGAAACUAAAUAUUGAGUGCAAAUCUGUUCAAAUCUGUAGCUGAGUGGUGUUGUAAUUUGUCAUGCUGUUAUUUAGUGGGUAGGUACAUCUCAAUUACCAGUGUAGCUUAGUGCUGCUAUUAUUAUCAAUUUAGAAAGGAAAAAUAGUGGUAGGAACUAAUGUAGCUUAGUGCACUAGUUAUUUACCUGUGGUAUGAACUAACUUGUUUAUUAUUUAUCUUUUUGCUCUUUUUGCAGGAAGGGCAGAAUUGUGGGUUUGUUGAAUGGGUUGAUCACCAGUGGCCCCCAACAAUGCAAAAUGCAUUGUUGAAGCUGUGGGCAAUGGUUGAAGAUAGCAGGAGUGCUAGGGUGAAUGAUAAUCUUGAAAGUUCUUUCACUAUCCACCAUCUGACAGAAGAGAAGAACAAGUUGGAGGCCAACUAUGACAAGCUAGUCCAAGAUGUGCAUGAGCUUAUGAGCUUCCAGGAGGAGAGGGUGGUGGAUUUCAGACAUCUGCAGUCUGCCAUUACAUAUCAGCAUGAAUGCAGAAGUGAACUGGUGGCUGAUAUGAAGGCACAGAUGGCAAAGAGAGAUGCAGAGUCUGAGAAGCUUAAGCAGAAUUAUGAAGUGCUACUGAACCUGACAAGAGCUCAAGCUAUAGUCAUCCAGAACCUGAAGUUGAAGCAUAUUACAGACAAGCAAUUGCUUAGUGAAGCUAAGAUGAACUUGGAGUUGAAGAAUGCAGAGCUCACAAAGUCUGAGGAGAAGCUCACCCAAGAUAAGCUAGAGUUGAAGUUUCAGGUUUCAGAUUUGCUUAAAGGAAAGGAAAAGCAUGGUGAAGAGAUGGUGCAGCUAGAGCUUCAGUUUGCUGAGCUGAUGAAGGCAGAGGAGAAGCUGAAGGAGAAGAUCAAGGGGAUCCAGGCCAUCUUAGAGAAGUGAAGAAAAUGAAUAUGAGCAAGUGGGCAAUGCUGACCUUUUGGGCAUGAUGGUUGUGUAGUGUAUGGCUCUACUAAAUGUGAACUUCUCUAAGAUGAACUAUGGCUGUGUAUGUAUGUAGUAAAUAUGCUUUUCAUCCUUUUGUGAGAAAAGGAUGAACUAUGCAUCUAAACUCCACUAUGUAUUGUGAACAAUGGUUGUGUACCCUAUAAUAUGUUGAACUCCAGUAA